GUCACGCCCUGAGCAACACCCCCGUCUAUCCAGGGCACACAUCCCGGUCCAGAAGGCCCUGCCGGAACCAACCCUCCUCAUCAGGAGCUGAGUCUGCAGUGCCAGUCAGCCUGCACGAUGAGUGCCCCCGCCGCGACCCCCAUCUUCGUGCCUGGUGAGAAUUGCAAGCCUGUGUGGCUGUCAGCACCCGCGUCCUACGACGCAUCAGACACGCAACUGCAGAUCCUGGGCAAGCCCGUGAUGGAGCGCUGGGAGACCCCCUAUAUGCAUGCCCUGGCGACCACCGCCACCUCCAGAGGGGGCCGGGUGCUGGAAGUGGGCUUCGGCAUGGCCAUUGCAGCCACCAAGGUGCAGGAAGCUGCCAUCGAUGAGCACUGGAUCAUUGAGUGCAAUGACGGAGUCUUCCAGCGGCUCCAGGACUGGGCUCAGCAGCAGCCACACAAGGUGGUUCCUUUGAAAGGCCUGUGGGAAGAGGUGGCACCCACUCUGCCAGAUGGUCACUUUGAUGGGAUCCUGUACGACACUUACCCACUGUCUGAGGAAACCUGGCACACGCACCAGUUCAACUUCAUCAAGGCCCACGCUUUUCGUCUGCUGAAGACAGGGGGCAUCCUCACCUACUGCAACCUUACCUCCUGGGGGGAGCUGAUGAAGUCCAAGUACUCCAACAUCACCACCAUGUUCGAGGAGACACAGGUGCCAGCGCUGCUGGAGGCGGGCUUCCGGCGGGAAAACAUCCACACGCAGGUGAUGGAGCUGGUCCCGCCUGCUGACUGCCGCUACUAUGCCUUCCCACAGAUGAUCACACCCCUGGUCACUAAGCACUAAGUCUGGUGGCCCCAGGCUCAGCCAUCCAUGGCCUGCCCCACCUUCCCACCCCAGUGCCUUUGUGACCAGGAGCUCAGGCUGCAGCCUUACAGCCCAAGUUCUAAUUGAGGCAGCACCAGCUGUGUGACCCUGGCCACCUUCCCUAACCUCUGCAAGGGGACUAACACCAGCCUUCUUCCAGGGUCAGGGGGAUAAAAUAAAUGCUGACACUGGGCUGGCCAAUCAGCAGCCUGA